AUGUUCCAGAAGGUGGAGAAGAUCGGGGCGGGCACCUACGGUGUGGUGUACAAGGCUUGUCUCAAGCGCGCGCGCGGGGCAGCUGGUGGCCCUCAAGAAGAUCUGCUUGGAUGCGUGAGUGGGAUGGGGCCCAGGCUCCUGGAUGUUGUGCAUAGCCAGAUGCUCUAUAUAGCGUUUGAGCAUCUGAAUCAGGACCUCAAGAAACACAUGGACUCAUCUCUGAUCAGAGAGCUUCCUUUAAGCCUGGUCAAGAAAUAUCUUUUCCAGCUGCUGCAUGGUGUGAGGUUCUGCCACUUGCACAGGGUCAUCCAUAGGGACCUGAAGCCACAGAGCUUGCUCAUUAACGAAGCAGGAGCAAUCAAACCGGCCAAUUCUGUACUGGCAAGAACUUUUGGAGUCCCCGUGUGCACAUACACUCACGAGGUGGUCACUCUGUGGUACCGAGCCCCUGAAAUACUGCUGAGAUGCAAACACUACUCGACAGCUGUGGAUAUCUGGAGCAUCGGAUGCAUCUUUGCAGAAAUGGUAAAAUGGGUUUAAGUAGUUUCUUUCAUGAGCGGGUGGGGGAUGCAGUUGCAAAGAGAAGUGGGGAGGGAGGGACAAGAUGCAGAACACCUGUGGUCCCAUCCUCUGCUGGUGUGUGUAUUAUGGCAAGUCCACUCUGAGGGGUAGUUGAUCCUUAGCUGUAGGCUCAAAAGGCAACCUGUCACCAUCCAGGACCUGGCAGGAGGCAAAGAAGCCUCUGUAGUCCAGCUACAGUUCCAGUUACGUGAGUAUAUGAUGCCUCUCCCUGUGGAAGGCACAACUUCAGUCUUGCUGCUGCAGCAUUUUGAUCCUGUGAGGAGAUGACUCUUGUGCAGGUGUCCCCGCAGUGGGCUGCAGAGAACUAGCACUUCAUAUCACCCUAGAGUGGUCUCCUAGGGGUCCAUACUCCUCUUUGAAGAGCUCUUGUUAUCCCUGCAGUGUAACUGCAGCAUUAACCUGUAGUCUUAUCCCUAGCUCCCAAAGCCCCCAAGCUGUAGCUCGGCAGAGCCUGGGUAAGUAGGCAGGGAGGGAGCUAGCACUAGGAAGCCAGAGACAAAGAGCGAUAAUGGUCUGGAUGAAAGAGGCCAGCUUCAGGGGAGCACAGUCUCACGGAGAGGAGCUGGACCCUGCCUUUGCAUACCUGUUUUAAAGUCAAUUCAUUCUGUACAGGCAACGCUCAGUUGUUUGCUCUCUGCAAAUAAACGCUCGUGUUGCACCAACUAAACUGUUUGCAAAGAAUUGUUUCCUUUUCAAAGAGCCCUGCAUUACAAAAUAGAUACCUAGGACAUUCGUUCAGUUCAGAAACAUAAAUGAAAAUACUACAGCCCAUCUCAGCCAACAAACUGAAUUUCAAACAUUUAUGACCUAACCCUGCUACCAGCAAAGAGAACCAACAACAGCUGUGUUUAAAUAACUAUUCGAGCAAAGCCAUGGUGCAGGGCCAUCAUCCUGCACGUGAGGAGGGAAGAAGAGCAUCAGCUGGCUCCUUCGGAGCAACUCACAACCCUGCCAGAGAGCUGGGCUCUGGAAAAGCCCCAUGGCUGCAUGGUGCUUCCUAUGGACACAGCAGGUGGACAUGCUGAGAGCCGCUUUCUGCAGGCGAGGACCACUUGGUUGCAAAAAAAAGGAUUUGUUAGCAGGUAUUUUUUUCAGCAACGAGAGGCAGAUCAGCCUUCAAAGGUGACUGCUCAGCC